AUGUCCGCAGUUUACCUCAACACAAUCUCCGAGAAUGCAUCUCGUCUGGGGAUGCGUCUGCACGAGUCCUUCUCAGAGCAUACACGUGAUCUCUCUAUUACGCGUGGCUCGUCCCUUUACCUUGAGCCCGAUGAUAAGGGCAAGAAUAUUCGCAAGCAGCUAGAUUCCUCCAGCGACCGAGAAAAGUUGGAUGCCAUGAAGCGGUUAAUCGCGCUUAUUUCCAAAGGUCGGAACGUGUCAGAGUAUUUUGCUCAAGUGGUCAAGAAUGUCGCUUCCCAAAACCUCGAAAUCCGCAAACUGGUCUACAUUUAUUUGUUAAGAUACGCGGAGCAGGAGCCAGAUCUUGCGUUACUGUCAAUAAACACCUUUCAAAAGGACUUGACAGACAGCAAUCCUCUCAUUCGAGCUAUGGCACUCCGAGUGCUGAGCGGAAUCAAGGUUCCAAUGAUUGGAAGUAUUGUCAUCCUCGCCAUCAAGAAAUGUGCGGCAGAUAUGAGCCCUUACGUGCGCAAGGCAGCAGCUCUGGCCAUUCCCAAAUGCAACGAGCUAGAUUCAUCACAUGUUACUGCAUUAAUUGAGAUCAUCUCUACCCUUCUCCGCGAUCGCUCUCCAUUGUCCAUCGGAAGCGUCGCAGUCGCAUUCGAGGCAGUCAUUCCUACGCGAUUGGACAUGCUACACCAGCAAUAUCGACGUCUCUGCCGAAUGCUCGUCGACGUUGACGAAUGGGGUCAGAUCAGCCUUCUAAAUCUCCUUUUGCGCUACGCCAGGACCAUGUUAACACGGCCGAACGAAGACGAGAUAGACGUUGACAUCAAACUCCUUCUUACUUCUGCUGAACCGCUCUUUCAAAGCAGGAAUGCCGCGGUCGUACUUGCUGUCACAAGAGUGUUUUAUUAUGCUUCUCCCCCUUCGUAUCACCCUCGGGUGGUACAACCCCUUCUUAGGCUUUUGCACACGUCGAGGGAAAUUGAGCGUGUUGUCCUUGGGUAUCUGUUCGCCCUGGCUCGUGUUCGACCAGCUCUUUUUGCUCCCCAUUAUCUCCAAUUUCUGGUUCGAACGGAUGAUCUGGGGCGUGUCAAACAGGACAAAAUAAAGCUUCUUCUCAUUGUUGCAACCCAGGAAACAUACCAAUCGAUUCUGCGCGAGUUCAUUGACUAUGCCGACGACCCUGAUGAUGAGGUCGUCAGAGCAGCCAUCCGUGCUGUGGGUAAAUGCGCGCAAGAAAACCCAGACAGUACACCCCAAUGUCUAACUGCCCUCAUCACCAUGCUUAAUAAUCCGCGAGGAAACAGCGCGGUGCUGGUUCUGAAGCAUCUCGUACAAUCCCAUUUAACCAACUCAACAUCUGGCUUGCCCCUCGAUAUAAUAUCCAAUCUCGCCCGUCGCGUCGAAGACAUUCGACAUUCCCAAGCACGUGCCUGUGUUAUUUGGCUCGUUGGCCAGUACUCUGAAAGCGGGCAACCAGGCGCUGGGAUCUCAGGCAUUGUUGAUUGGGCGCCUGAUGUACUCCGUAAAUGUGCCAAGGGUUUUGCUACCGAACUUCCCAUCGUCAAACUCCAGAUCGUCACACUUGCCGCGAAAUUGCUCGUCCUGUGUCCGACCGACGAAAGGCUAUCGCUUGUUGGUGGCUAUGUCUUCUCUCUGGCCAAAUACGAUCUCAAUUAUGAUGUCCGGGACCGCACACGAAUGAUAGUCAGUCUUCUCGCUGGACUGGGCCUUCCCGAGUCUGUGGUCGCGAGGGACUCCGCUUUCGAGACUCGUGGAGGUGUUGUUCUGCGAAGAGAGCAGGCACGCGUUAUUUUGUUCCAAGGAAAGGUUGCUGUUGUCGAUGAUGCGACUGAUGACACAGUUCCCAAUGCACACCUUGGCUCGUUAACCUUGAUCACCCAUAAACCAAUGCGAAGCGACGAGCAUCUCCCUGAUUGGCUAGAGCGAGGCGUCGAAUCUUCUCUACGUGAUACGGUGGACGACAAGCCGCCACCUGCACCACUUCCUGUCUUCAAUUCUCCGGCUACCCGUCAAACAAAACAUGGUGUUACUCGGGAAGUUCCGUCGUCCUCGACCCCAACCUCAGCGUCAAAGCCCCAAUGGACGGAUCUGGACAAAUUUUACGAAAAUGAUGAAUCUGAGGAAACAGAGAGUGAAGAGAGUGGAGAAGAGGAGGAAGAAGAAACCGAGGGUGCAAGUUCAGAAGAGAGUUCAGAGGAAGCAACAGAACAUGAUCCAUAG